GUUCAUCAAGUUCUCUCUGGUCUUCAUGAAAUAUGACAAGACUAUUUAUACCGUGACAAGAGUCCACGUCACUAAAGACGAGAGGCAAUAUUUCCUUUAUAACACAUUAGUUCUUACGACGCAGGUCCUUUCCGAUUCUACCUGUAGACUGCACAGGAUCGGGCACGGGGAGCGCUAAGCGUUUUCCGGAAAGGAAACCCUCAUUUCUUGCCUUUCUACCUCGGACGGCAGAAAUUGAAGUUGACAGCGAUUUGAGACCUUGUAUUGGUUAAAUCUGGUGACGUCACUAUGACGGAUUCCAACACGGAGGAGACAGUGAGGGAUUAUGGAUUGAGUCGGAAUUUCAGUAGCGAUAACUUCAACACCGAAGCUAGCGAUGCUCAUCGUCAGAUGAUUGGAGUGAGGUUGCCAAGGAGACAACAACGUCCUGGCCGAUCUUCCAGUUCUAGACGACACAGGGAACAAAAUGGCUACCCCAAAAACUCCGACACUUCCAAUUCGAAUGUUCCCGAGGUUACAACAGGGCUUCCGGCUUCCAUGUCGCCAAGUGAACACAUCCAACAACUUAUUGGCGAGAAUGAGGAGAGCCACUUCGUCUUUUGUCAGAUGGACACCCUUUAUACUGCCCUCAAUGAGUACCAAUGGAGAGAAACAGCAAGGUGGGUGAAAUACGAGGAAGAUGUAGAAGAUGGAGGAGAGCGUUGGUCUAAACCACACGUUGCCUCACUUUCGCUACAUUCUCUGUUCGAGCUCCGGUCUUCCCUAUUAAUGGGGGCCGUGAUGCUGGACAUGGACGCCUUUCACAUCACCCAGGUUGCUGACCUCAUAAUCGAUCAACUGAUCAAUGCCAAACUUCUCGAAAGCAACCUUCGUGACAACGUUAGGGCGGCAAUCAUAGCAAACCACGCCCAUCAACACCAAAAGCGCAGGCGCAGCAUGAUGCCAACAGAACAUGAAUCAAUGGCGGACUUCCGAAAGCGUUCCAUGAAGAGAAACUUUUCUAGUCAAAUGUCUUUCAGAUCUCGCGACAGCGCAGCAAAAUUAAACAGAAAUCCAACUAGUGUUCCUGAAAAUAUUGGUGAAAUGUUAAACGAAUCUGCGUCUAGUGCAAAGUUGAAUCAACAGUUUAUGAAAAAGAUCCCUGAUGGCGCAGAAGCUGCUAAUAUUUUGGUGGGAGAGUUGGAUUGUCUGAAGUACCAAAUCACAGCCUUUGUAAGAUUGACCGAAGCUAGGUCUAUAGGGGACAUGACUGAGGUCCCUCUACCUACAAGGUUCAUCUUUCUCCUCUUGGGACCUCCUGGAAGCCAAAACAAAAAUGUAGAGAUGGGACGUUCCAUGUCUACCCUCAUGGUCGAUGAGGUGUUUAGGGAAGUAGCAUUCCGAGCUAAAAACAGGCAAGAUAUUCUGUCAGGAAUUGACGAGUUUCUGGACCAGGUCACGGUUUUACCUCCUGGGGAAUGGGACCCCAAAAUCAGAAUAGAACCCCCUGAUAAAGUACCAUCUCAGGAUCCGCGAAAACAAAAUGCCAGGGUGCCCGAGGGUCCGAAAGUAGCAGCAGAACAAGUUGAAGAGGAAGAAUGUCAUGCUGACCCGACAUUACAGAGAACCGGAAGACUCUUUGGAGGGUUGAUAGAAGACGUCAAACGAAAGAUCCCGUGGUACGCCAGCGACUUUAAGGACUGCCUACAUAUCCAGUGUGUGGCUUCCACCCUCUAUCUCUACCUGGCUACUCUAACACCUAACGUUACAUUCGGAGGUCUUCUAGGAUUGGCAACAAACCAAUACAUGGGCACCAUGGAAUGCAUUCUGACAGCAGCUAUCGUCGGUAUUCUCUUUGCUCUCUUCGCUGGUCAACCACUUAACAUCCUUGGUAGUACUGGUCCAAUGUUGGUUUUGGAAAUGAUAGUCUACAGUUUUUGUAUGGAUCAAGGAUGGGAUUAUAUGCCUGUCCGAGCAUGGACAGGUAUAUGGACAACGGUUAUCAUCAUGCUUGUAGUGGCCUUUGACCUUAGUGCUCUCGUACGGUACAUCACGAGAUUUACGGAGGAAAGUUUUGCAUGCUUGAUUGCCAUUAUCUUCAUUUACGAAGCUAUCAAAAAAGUCAUUGGAAUCACGAAGUUAUAUCCCGUUAAUCUCAGCCCGGAAGACGAGUUUCAUUUUAACUGCUCGUGCAUACUAACGCCUCCAGAUAACGCUACGUACUUUAAUACCACUGAUCUUGCACUUGGAGCUGGUCCUGCAUACGCUGUACAAGAGGCCACAACAAUGAGUUUCAUGAACUCUACCUCCAUGGACUACGCUUCCUUGAGCGAGGAGAUGUGCAAGCUAUACAACGGCACCAUGGUCGGACCUGACUGUGCCUCCCACCCAUACGUUGCUGACGUUUUCUUCCUAUCCAUCAUUCUGUUCUUCGGUACCUACUUCCUUGCUACAAGUCUGAAAGAAUUUAAGACCAGUGGAUAUUUUCCAACCUUUGUUCGUCAAAUAGUUAGCGAUUUUGCUGUCCUGAUUGCCAUCAUCGUUAUGGUUGGCCUUGACAUUGCCAUAGGAAUUGGCACUCCCAAGUUAGAAGUACCAGAAAAAUUUUCUCCUACCAAACCAGGACGUUCUUGGUUCAUCAAUCCUAUCAGUGACAAAAACCCGUGGUGGGUCAUCCUAGUCGCAAUCGUUCCCGCGUUUCUAUCCACUAUUUUGAUUUUCCUUGAUCAGCAGAUCACAGCGGUCAUUGUCAACAGGAAAGAGAACAAACUAAAGAAAGGCAAUGGCUACCACUUGGAUAUGUUUGUGGUUGGUGUGUGCGUGUUGAUUUGCUCCCUCUUUGGUCUUCCCUGGUACGUCGCUGCCACCGUGUCUGCUCUGGCCCACAUCAUGAGUUUGAAAAAAGAAUCUGAAAGCACUGCUCCCGGAGAAAAACCCGUUUUCUUGGGAUGCAGAGAACAGCGUGUGACAGCUUUGGUUGUCGGUAUUCUAAGCGGUCUUUCUGUCUUCAUGACCAAAAUUCUGAAGGUUAUCCCUAUGCCUGUUCUGUACGGAGUAUUCAUGUACAUGGGUGUUGCUGCAUUAAAAGGAAUGCAGUUCGUAGACCGUAUAGCUCUUAUUGCAAUGCCCAAGAAGUACCAGCCUGACCAUAUGUACCUUCGUCACGUUCCAAUCAAGCGUGUCCAUCUCUUCACCUUGUUUCAAAUAGUAUCUCUUGCCGUUCUGUGGGUUGUGAAAAUGAUCAAAUCUAUUUCCAUCUUGUUCCCGGUUAUGGUCUUGGGUACCUGCAUUGUAAGGAAACUGUUUGAGUACAUCUUUUCACAAAGAGAAUUGAAAUGGUUGGAUGACUUGAUGCCUGAGGACAAAAAAAUGGCCAAGGAGGACCAAGAAAAGGCCGAGGAAGAUGAGAAAGAGAAUCUGUUAGAAGAUAAUAAAAAGUUCAACUACGGUGAUAGGGUGAAUAUUUCUGAGGAAGUGAACAAGACUGGCAUGUGGCUUCAGGUACGCCGCAGUUCGACCAAGGGGGACGACUCCAUCUACCACAUUAAAAAUGACAGAAAUAGAAAGAAUAUGAAGAAUGAAGAAAACGUCGAGAAGAAAGGCCAAAAGGCGGCAUUUUAUUUCGGAGAGAAUGCGUAAUCAUUCUGCGGACAUCUUGUUUGUAUGUGUGAAUUUCAUUACGUGUAUUAAUUGUUUCUACAGCGACAUCAAUACUCGCAUAGUAUUAUAGAACAUCAACUAUUGUGUGUACAGACGAUUAAUGGUCAUAGUUAAACAGAAAAAGUCCACAUUGAAUUUGUUUGUUACGAGAAUUGAUGAUACAUUUUUGUCAUUAGAUUUCAUUUCUUCGUUUUAGAUUUUAAAGGAAUGAAGGUGCUUUGAACUUCAAUGGAUGUAUAUCAUAGGGGAAACUAUUGCUUACUGUAUCAUUCAUGAUAGGUAUAUGUUUACACGUCGGUAAUUUUCUUCUCAAAAUAAUUGUGUGCAUUAUGAAAUUACAAAAUGUUACUUUUUUAGAUUGCAAAUGAAUUUAUAUACGGAAUAAAAGAUUCGAAAGAAAAA